AGAGUAUUCCGCCGUUUGAAGGCGUCGGCAUGGUGAAGCAGCCGACGGAGCACAGUGAUCAGCACUAGCGCUCGUAAAUAGCGAAGGUCGUGACAAGUUCGCGCCUGACGCUACGAACUGUUUGAGUCGUUACCGUAGUUAUUAUGGUGGACGUUAACAAUCUUCUCUCCUCACAGAACUACCUCAACUGGAGUAUGCUUAAUAAGUUUUAUGGCAAGCCGCAGAUGAGCACGCCGGACGAUCCGGUAAUACACUCACCUCCAUCCUUAGGUGGACAACUGAUGAACGGUUUUAACCCUGCUUUGACUUCGGCUAAAAUGGAAGAAGGCAUGGCUGCUGCAUGCGCUUCUCCCGAUGCUAGCGGCAUCGAUCCUAACAGCGAUGGGGAAGCACGACGUAGACAGAAGACCUGCCGUGUUUGUGGCGACCAUGCCACCGGCUACAAUUUCAAUGUGAUCACCUGCGAGUCCUGCAAAGCAUUCUUCCGUCGCAAUGCUCUUCGACCAAAGGAAUUCAAAUGCCCCUAUUCAGAAGAUUGUGAAAUCAAUGCCGUCAGUAGGCGCUUUUGUCAGAAAUGCCGAUUGCGGAAAUGUUUUGCGGUGGGUAUGAAAAAAGAAUGGAUUUUAAAUGAAGAGCAACUGCGACGAAGAAAAAAUUCUCGACUGAACAACAUGGCUAAUCAGCAGAGGCAAAAGCAGGAACUUGCCCGACAACAUGCGGCUGUCAAAGCAAUGACAUCACCGCUAUCCAUAUCACCAAUGGUGGAUGCGCAGCUCGGAGCUCUCAGUGGUCGCGGAGGAAUACCGCCGUUGGUGAGCCCUGCCGGGCAGUAUCCGCUGAUGAGCCCAGCUGGAUCCGGUUCGUCUGAUUCACCCCCUUCCCGACCGCUCGGGUUGAUGCCCGGAAGUCAAGGGAGCCCUGAUGCAUACGAUCCGAACAUGAUGAUGCAACAGCGGCUCCGUUCACAGUUGCCGCAAGCGCCUAUGCCUGGAAGCAAAGUCGUGGAUCCAUCGCGUCAGGUAAUUAUUUCGAUGGAUGAAUAUCACAGUCUUGUGCAGCGCGCAACUCGUCCCGGUGAGGAGGAACCUCUCUCGAAAAGACCUGCGUAUUCGCCUACAGAGCUGGUAGCUCCGCAACCAAGGCCAUUCCAGGCACCUUCGAGUCAGAUGCUACCAGUUCCCAGCCUGUCUCAGAUUCGACCCGUGGAUUCAGGCGUCCCCACCUACACGGAUCUUGGAGCAGCAACGAGUGGCGACUUGCCGAAACCGUCGUUCACCACAGGCAGUUAUGAUGAAGGAUCUGCUGCAUCGGGCAUUGUGACGUCACCAGCGGCUACCAGCUCCACCAGUCUUCCUCUCGAGGCGGAAACGUCUGGAACCUCGUUGGCAAACCCGUCUGAUAAAAGGCUGAGCUACCAACUCAACGCAGCAGAGCUGCAAGCCCUUGAUCUGAUCCAAGAAGCUUUCAAGGGUAUGAAUGAUCCCAUGGAGUCAGGUCGUCAGAAAGCGUCGUUCUUGAAGAAUGAAAAGACUCCUGCUGACAUCAUGAAUAUCAUGGAUGUAACAAUGCGUCGAUUUGUAAAGAUGGCUAAGAAAUUGCCAGCAUUCAAUGACCUGAGCCAGGAUGGGAAAUUUGCGCUCUUAAAAGGUGGAAUGAUUGAGAUGCUUACUGUGCGUGGUGUGCGUCGUUUUGAUAGCAAUUCCGGAGCUUGGACCACACCAACUUUGAAUGAAAAUGCUGAAGUAUCUAUCAACAUGUUUGAUCAGCUAAAUGCCGACGUAAGGAAUGAACAGAAGAUGCGCUUCCUUCAAUUCUUUAAAAUCUUUCACGACGAUAUCCGCAGUAACGACUUGGUGAUCUCGAUGAUCAUGCUUAUUGUGCUAUUUUCACCAAGAGAUUGCAUCACAGAUCCAGAGGAUCGUAGAAUCAUCGCCAGACAUCAUGAGCAGUUCUGCGCUCUCCUGAACAGGUACUUGGAGUCACUUUACGGGGACGAUGCGCACAAGCUGAACGAACAGCUUCCAACUGCUCUUCGCAUGUUGCGCGAAAUCUCCACAGCAUGUGGCGUGCUGUUUUUGGGAACCGUGAAUACCAGUGAGGCUGAACCUUUACCUCGAGAGUUCUUCAAGGUCGAGUAGGCCGCGGGCUCGCGACCAACAGAAUCGCGGAGCCAGUCCAUCUGCGCGUUCUUCUCCCACCUUCAUGUAUUAAUCCACUCACUCAAACGCGUACCAUCUACCCCUUACUGCAUCCAACUCACGUGUCAUCAUUUUCUGUCAUUUGUUGGAAUAUCCGUUCUAUCCCCGUGAAUCCUCCCUGUGUAGGUGCCCCUUCGAAGCACCUUUCCCUCUUUUAUACUGUGUCAUCCCUAUAUCCACGUUUUAUGUGGAUGAAGGAGCUCCCCUGGUUUAUUUGUAUUAUUUUUCAAGCUAUCUCCUUUUUUGGCUACGAUGUCGUAAUCAUAAGUUGAUACCUCAUAUAUCUUUGUGAUUCGUAGUUUUUCUCUGUUCUGUUUGUUUGUUUUCUUGGCACGUGACCCUUCCAAAUUGUUUGAAUAGUUCAUUUUUAUAGUCGUGCGUUGUACAUUAGUCGAGUGUCUGACACCGGUUACGCUAGAAUAAUUACGGUAUUUACGUAAAAAGCUUAUAUGAAUUCCCUAUUCGCAACAUUGCGAGCGCAAAGAAAAUUGUCUAAUUUCUUCGACCUUUUUUUGGCCCGGUUUACUUCUAAGGAACCUCUCUAGAACCUACCUCUCCCAUUUUUAUCUCGACCGUAUGUCCUAAUAUUCUAAUUAUAAUGGUAAUAAUAAGAGCGCUUAAUUUAAGUGCUUUCUUUUCGUCCGUCUAUACCAUAUAUCAGUUGAUCACCUUUUUUUUAUUGAGAACAGCACCCCCUGUAAUUUUUCUUUAUUUGUAGUGCAAUUAGACUCGUGAUUGGGAUUUUGUUUUUUAUAACUUUUCUUUUCUUCAAUGAGAAAGUAUGCACGUACACAAGCCUAUUCGAAUGAGACGUCGUUGUUCAGGUACUCGGUUAGAUGGUGAAACCCUGUGUUACUAUUUUCGACAAAUCAAGAAAUAGAGGAAUCCGCCUAUGCAAACACUUAUCACACAAUCAUGUAUCCCUGUAAUUCUCGAAAGGUUUGCGAGAGUAGCUCGCAACUGCGCUGUUGGUGUCAUAGGAACAUUCUUCACAGGACGGUGGUUUUUACUUUCCGUUUUACCCAUGGGCAGCGUUGCACUCAUUCGUUGCGGCACGUCGUUCUAUUUUUUUCCUUCGG